AAAUGCUGCAUUGUAUACGAAAAGACAUGGAAAAGAGGGAGAAAAAUUAUCCUGUAACUGAUUACAGGGCUAUUUUCACCCAGCAAGAAUGCCAGAAAGAUUCUAGAGAGGAGACGCCACCAGAAAGUCCCAAAGAAUAUGUUGAGAACCCUUUCCAUGAUGUCGAUAUGAGACCACCACCAAUUAUAUCAGCUUCUCAAAGAGAAGAAAUUCUAAUUCAUGAAGUUUCCAGGCGAGAAUUGGUGGAUCCCAUAAGAUUACCCUUGCAACCAGAUCAAAAUGUACAGAAUUUUCCACCAACAGAUAACAACUACCAACAUCCUAUACGUUUUCAUCCUCCCAACCAUGAAGGGCCAAGUGCAUUUCACACUGAUUUUCCUAGACAGUCUCUAGCAGAAUCUACUCAACAUUAUCACCAACCAUCCAUCCCCAAGAAUAACUCCACUGCCUUUUUUCAAGCCCCUUUUCCACCCUCUGGCCCUGUGGCCCAUGAAAAGUCAUCAGAAGUUGCAGACCCUCCCUUUCAACCUACAUCUUCCAAUAUGGCUCCUGCAUUUCAACAUCAUGGUAACCAAAUGACAGAGCAAGACCAACUAGAUGACUUUGGUAAGAACCAAUUUGAUAUGUCUCACAGGCGCUUUACUCGAAUAACACCCCAGUAUCAGCAUGUGGAUAGUUCUCCUUGCUAUACAUGUACAGCUACCUAUAAUAUUGGUUAUCCUUACCCAGUGUGCACUGUGCCUACUUCAACUAAUAUUGUUUCCUCUAGUAGCUAUAGACCUGUGGUGAAACAGUCUUUUUGUGCUGCUGCUGAACAAAAAUCCUUACCACCAGCUGACAUUACAAAAACUAGAAAACACAGCUAUGAAGCAAGUUUUUCAGCCAUACAUGAUAUAUUACAUCCUAAUGUUGCUGAGAAGGUUAUCCCAUCUACCAUGUCAGCUGGUUUGCCAUCAUCAAAUAGUUUCUAUCCAAGAGUCUCUUUUGGCUGUGGUACUUCAAGUGUUGAAUCAAACCCACCUUUGUCUCAAUCUACUCCCAGUGAUAUAACAAGUUAUUACGACCAUAAUGGAACAGCAGUGAACACUGAUCCCAUAUACAACUUUGCUUUGGCGCCAAUUAACAGAAUGUCUGUGAACAAAUCUGAUGAAAAUGGGUCUGGGUUAGUUUCCUCUGCAUCAGAUAUAUAUGUAUCAUCAUCCAUAUGUACAACCUUUAACACCACACUUAGUAGUCUGAGGAGCUCAACUAGCAGUGUAACCAAGCCUGUGUUGUAUGACAAGCCUAUGUUGAGUGUGGCUUCAAGUCCAUUGGCAACUAUUACUGCUACAACUUCUACUAAUGGUGGCUUAGUACAUUCUUCUUCAACAAGGACAAAGGAUGUGUUCGGCAAGAUGCCAGCAUCUGCAUCCUCUACCUCGACCACUUCUUCUGUUCAGUGUUACUCUGCUACUUCCAAGCCUAGCUCUGAAGACGAAAUCAUCCUAGAGGAGUUCACUGAAGAGAGGUGGAAUGAAAUGGGAGCAGAACUUUUAGAGGCCAUUGAGAUUUCUAACUCUGACUUGAAACAUGCUGUGAAGGAAGGGAUGUAUGAGAGGGUGAGGAAAGCAUUGAACAGCCAGAAACAGUACAACCUGGAGCAGCCUGAUCAAAUGGGAAUGACAUUAGUCAUGCUUGCUGCUGCUAAAGGGUUUGAUGACCUGGUGGAGUUAUUAGUUAUUAAUGGUGCUAACAUGAAUGCCAAGGCAAAGACGGGCAACACUCCACUGAUGUUUGCUGCAGAGAAUGGUCACCUUUGUACUGUGGCAGUACUUCUGGCAUUAGGAGCUCACAUCAACAUCCAAAAUGGCAGUCAGGAAACUGCACUCAUCAAGGCUACAAAGAAAGGGCACAACCAAAUUGUGAAAAUGCUGUUAGAAAAUGGCGCAGACUUUUCAGCUGAGAAUGCCACUGGGAAUACUGCAUUGAAGUAUGCCAAACUUCUCAACAGUGUGGAACUUCAGGCCACUAUCAACCAACAUGUGAAGAAACUUACAGCUCUUUUCACCCAGCAAGUUUACCUGACAAUGAACAAUACUGCAGAGACUGUGUGCUCUUUGUUUCCACUUCAUGUUCUCCCACUGAAUGAAGGGGACAAAUUUGUCAUACACUUUAACCAUGAACUACAACCAACAGUUCCAGGUGUGGGUAUGCUUCUGUUUGUGGCACAUGCCCGUAUUACACCUCAGGAGACCAAGUGUAGAUUGUCAGGACCAUGUGCUGUGAAGACUGCCAUCUUAAAUGGGGUGGCACAGCCAACAUUGACAGAUGAAGGUCAGUUUGUGCUGUCUUUCAGCCCACUACACAAUGGAAGAAAUGAGCUCAUAAUUCAUACAGUUUAUGCACCCACUUCACGAGCCAAGUUGGUGGUUGGUGCAUACAAAGCCAAACUGUUACCUAACAGUGAGCAGUAACUCUCUAGAAGUAUUAGGAAUACCCCACUUUAUUUAAGUGCACAAGUUUGUUGUAGACAUGUCAUAGUGUAGUUUAUUUUUUCCUUUAAUUCUGGGAUUUAAUGAUUUGUUCCCAACUUGUUUCAUUUAAAAUGUAGCAUUCUCGUAUCCGUUGCUUAUCGUAAUUUGGGUUGUUUGCAGUCAGUGAGUUACUGUUUUUGUUUUGUUAAUGUAGUUUAGAUUUUUUUGAACUUAAAAAGUGAGGGACCAUUUUGUUGUUGUUGUGGUUUUAACAUCCUUGUGAAUGGCAAAUAAGGAAAACCAACAUUUAUUAAAGGUGCUUUGUACAUUUUGCCAUUACUUUACAUUUUUUAAAAAUGUUUAUAACUUAUAUAUCAAAGUCUGGUGCUCAGUAAAUUUGUACAGGAGGUGUUCGUGAUGGAAUACAUAUUUUUUUUAUUUUAAAAAGUUUGAUUUGUGAACGGAAAUUAUAAAACUGUUCAUUAUCCAACAUUUUGACUUUUUGCCAUUGAAGU